CAAAGAUCUUUAUAAAAAGCUUUUGCUAAUAAUGUUUUGCAUAAGCUUGACAGCUGCUUGUUUUUCGUAAGAGAAUUGUUUAGAUAGCAAACAAUGACGUCACAAUCAGAUGUUUUCUGGUGAAAAGUAUGCAACUACAAAUUCUUUAGCUAGGAUGAGAAUUAAACUUAAAAAGACUCUUACUUUUAUUUGCCUUAUUAUCUUGAUUUGUUGUUUGUGGACGUUUUUAAGACAUGACAUUGUGCUGCAAAAUUUGAAACCGUGCAAUAUGUCGGCUUUUAUAAUCAAUAUAAGACAUAAUAUAACAAAAAGUCAAGAAGAAGAAGAAAAAUAUCACUCUGGGAUAGACAGUAGCAGCAUAGUGCAGUUCGCACAUCGCAACGAUUCUCGUAAUGAAUCGAAAUGGUCGUUAAUGCAGGUUGUAAAUUAUCUAAAAGGAAAUCGCCUGAUGUCUUCUUCAGAAAUACAUGCUUACUACAAAAACGAAAAAAAAUCCACCAAAAAAUUUGAAACCUUACUAUCAUUAAAACAAGAUUUUAAAAUACUAAGGACAUUGUUUAAAAGCCAGAGUGAAAUACACCAUACACACUCUGAAGAUCGCAUUGUACAGCAACUUCAAUUGCGAUUAAACGUUGCGAGACCGAGAACUGUGUUAAUAUGGGAUAGUGGCAACAACAUGAACGCUCGACAGUUGAUUGAAAAUAACUGUCCUAUUAAAAAUUGUAGAUUUACAAAAAAUAAAGAAAAAAUAGAUUCCGUUGAUGCAGUAUUAUUUCAUUUCCUACCUUCUCGACUUAACAGAAAGCGAGAGCAAUCACAGCAAGUUUGGAUUUACUACCAAUUGGAAUCAGCUCAGAAUACACCCAAAACGACAGAUAGUGGAUUUAUUAAUUGGACAGCGACGUAUAGAAGCGACAGCAUACUAAAUACCCCGUAUGAAAAAUUUUCAACGUUUAGAAAUAUUACAUAUUUACCAAAAAAGUUAAGUCGUAAUUAUGCAAAAGGAAAAACUAAGUUAGCCGCUUGGUUUGUUUCUAAUUGUGGAGCAUCCAAUGGACGUAUGGAGUUUGUGAAAGAACUUCAGCAAUAUGCAAGAAUUGAUAUUUAUGGCCAGUGUGGCAAGCUGAGUUGUGAUCGAUACUCAAAAGAUUGUUUUGAAAAACUAAAAAAGGAAUAUAAAUUUUAUUUAGCGUUUGAAAAUUCGAAUUGCCGAGAUUACAUAACGGAGAAGUUUUUCUUAAACGCUUUAAGUAACGAUGUUUUGCCAAUUGUUAUGGGUGGUCAUCCUGACGACUACAAAAAGCUUGCUCCACCGAACAGCUUCAUACAUGUUGACCACUUCCGAAGUCCGCGCGAGUUGGCAGAAUACAUGCACAUACUUGAUAACAACGAUCAUUUAUACAACGAAUAUUUUCGGUGGAAAGGAACUGGAGAGUUUAUAAACACUAAAUUUAUUUGUCGCUUGUGUUCAAUGUUGCAGCUGGCUCCGGACUUUUCAAUGUGGUAUCCAAAUUUAUCGCAAUGGUGGCGAUCAAAUGGUACGUGUAUUUUACCGAAUAGAGAAAAUGGAGAGCGAUGGGCAUCUUGGAGAUACGCUUCACAAAAGGAAAAUAAAACUGGGACGGUAUUUUUCAAUUUUACUUUAUAGCGCUGCUUCGAUCCGCUUUUCCAAAAUUUUACUUUUUAAUUUACCUUUUCUUGUACUGGACAAUUUUGUAAAUAAUUUUUCUACAUAACUUAUGUGCAAGUUGCUGCUGCUGUUGUUGUUGUUGUUGUUGCUGUUGGUUUAUUCCUUAGAAAAAUUAGCUUUAGCAUAUACAUGAACAGAACGAAUGUUAAUAGAGGUUUUACUGUACAUAUUGUUUAUACAUAUGACUGAAGUUCCCAUCUUGUAUAAAUAUUUAUGAAAUAAAAUGAAAAAAAUAAA